GAGAGAGGACGGCCAGAGCUGGAGAGUCACUGUGAGAAGAGGACGCUGAAAAGUUCAGGACAAACUUUUCUGUGGAUACUUGAAGGAUAACACUGUAUACGGCAAGGAUAAGAUACAGACUUUUCACUUUACAUCGAAGAUAUUACAUUUUUUCGCAUUAACCUUUUUGGCACCGGUGCGUCUUUACGCAGGAGAGGAAACCAUCUUCCAAAUUUUGUAAAUCUCUCCACACCGUCGGGAUGUUCAGAUGAGCCCAAAAGCUCCAACAGGACCCUUGAGUAAAGGAGAUUUUUAAUGGCGGUGGUGCACUUUCCUGUUUGAUUAAAUGAUUUUAAAGAGGCUGUAAGAUGCCAGUGGUGACUCUCCCAGGCUGAGCAGCUUUGCCUCCCUCUGCUGUGUCCAGUGCUGUGGCGCCCCCUGCUGUGUGACCGAGGAAGGUCAGGAAGGCGCAGGCACCAUGGGGAACAUGAUUGAGGAGGGGAUGAACACCGUCAUCGUCAGCCACUACAACCACUCGGGGAAGUGGGACCGGCCUCGCUCCGGCGGGGCCUGCAAGAUGGUCGUGCUGCUCCUCAUCUGCGUUCUGAUCGUCCUGGAGAACGUCACGGUUCUGCUCGCUCUCUGGAGGAACAAGCGCUUCCACAGCCGCAUGUACUUCCUCAUUGGAAACCUGGCUCUGUCAGACCUGCUGGCCGGUGUGGCCUAUGUGGUUAACAUCUUCACGUCAGGACAGAACACCUUCUUCCUGACGCCGGUCCAAUGGCUGGCCAGGGAGGGAAGCAUGUUUGUGGCCCUCAGUGCUUCCACCUUCAGCCUCCUGGCCAUUGGGAUUGAGAGACACAUGACGAUGGUGCGUCUGCGUCCCUGUGAGACAGCAGGUAGAGGUAGACUCCUGGCGCUGCUGGCGGCCUGCUGGCUGGUGUCAGUGCUGCUCAGCGCCCUGCCCAGCCUCGGAUGGAACUGCCUGAACAAUUUGACCUCCUGCUCCACGGUGCUGCCGCUCUAUGCUAAGAGCUACAUUGCCUUCUGCGUUAGUGUGUUCAGUGCCCUGCUGGUGGCCAUCAUCAUCCUCUACAUCAGGAUCUACCGCCUGGUGACCUCCAGCGGUCGCAGGGUGAGCAGCCGGCCUUCAGAGCGCUCGCUGGCCCUGCUGAGGACUGUGGUUAUCGUUCUUGGAGUGUUUGUCAUGUGCUGGGCGCCACUGUUCCUCCUGCUCCUGCUGGAUGUUGGUUGCAGCCCAGACAAGUGUCCUGUCCUCUACCAGGUGGACUGGUUCAUCGCCCUAGCUGUGCUCAACUCUGCUCUCAACCCUCUGAUUUACACUCUGUCCAGCAGAGAGAUGAGAGCAGCUUUCUUCCGGCUGCUGUGCUGCUGUCAGACCAGCAUGGAGCCCACUGGGACUCCUGUGGUGGGAAACCCCCACCUCGGCACAAUCAUCCCCACAGCGGAAAAUAGCAAGACCAGUCUGGGUGGAGGGGGAGGCAGUGGGGGUGGCAAAUCCACGCUGAACAGAGGGAAGGUUCCCACACCUGUGAACUCUGACGGUAAACAUGGAGACCCCUCUGCCACCGCUGUGACCCACCCGUCUGGACCUGCAGACCUGCUCUCAGCUGUGCUCGUGAAGGCAGGAGCUCUGCAGCCUCUCAGCAAGUUCUGAGCUGAAGCACCUGAAGAUGGACUUAGAGUCACACAGAAGUAGACACAGACCAGAUGUAGUCCGACUAUCAGCCACUUUUUGUUUGUGCACUACAGCUAGUGUAGCAUGGAUUAGAUGAUAUGUUGAUAAAAUUAUUCCGAAUUCAGUUGAAAGUAAAUAAAUCCAGACUGUAGACAAAUCAAGAUCAUUUAAAGCCACUAUUUACAGCAAGUCAGUAACAUUCUUUCCAACACAAGUGACUGAAAUGUUGUUUCUCUCCCACAAAGAUAAAUAUUUCAAAACUAUGAAAUACAAUAGGAUGAUUCGAUGGAUUCAUGUCUGUCAAACUACACUCUAAAAAAUAAUAUUCUGGCUCAACAAAAACUAAAUCAACAGUUUGUAUAAAUCUUGUUGAGUUACAACAAAAUUAUGUUGAACCAACAAACUACACUGAGUUAGUGGAAUUAGCUUUUCCUCUACAGUCAAAGAUUAAUUUAAUUACUUGUAUAAACUGUCUGGAAUUGUCCUAAUUUGAAAUCCUGAAGUUAUCAAGCCAAUUUCAUAAAGCUGUGUCACCUUAAAUGUAGUUUCAAAUCAACUUACACUGAAAUUUCAGUUUAAAUUACACACAGUAUUAAUUAUAGACAUUAUUAUGUCAACAGCGUCCACCAAAAUAACAUUUACAACCAUUAAAGGUUUACCUAAAUCAGCACAUUAGAUUACAUUAAGAAGAAAGAAGAUUUUAAAAAGUCUUACAACCACAAAUUUAAUUAAAAGGGUGAGAAUAGGUCCCUUAAAUUACUUUUUAGAGUGUAGUCUUGCUUCACAUGACUUAACUUUAUCAGUGUUAUGUCUGUAAAUAUGUUUAUUUCUAUUUUAUUUUGUCAUUAUAGGAAGAAACGAUCAAAUUGUGACACUUUUUUGCAUGUGCUAUAUGCGGGAAUUAUUGAAAACUCCUGCAUUUUUUCCAUCACACCUUGAUUUGGUAGACUAUUUAUUUUCUGUGAAAACAUUUGCCACCUUAAGACUGUAAACUGGUAUAUUUUUUUGCUUUGUGUGCAUAAAAACCAUCACGGUACUAGGACUUUUAUUAUUAGUGACUUUAUUAUUGAUUAUUUGCAUUGCACUGUGAGAGGAAACAAGACUGAAAGUUUAUUUGCCAGACCAGCGGCCUCUUGAGGCUGUGAUGCAUAUUACACACCAGAAAAUAACGGUUAGAUAAAAGCUACACUGCUUUUUUAAAUAUAAUUCUUACCACUAGUGGGCAAGAAUGUAUAGUUUGUCCCGUUGGUGGAGCUGCAGAAAAAGAAAUUCACCUUCAGAUAAUUUUUUGGACACUCAGCUCUUCAUUACCACUCUUGGUUUAUGUUUCAUCAGUCUGAGCUCUACCUUGUCAGCGACACUGUGAGCUGAAUUUGCAUGGCUAACAACUCCACUCAUGAAGAUAUUUGCUUCUCCUCAGCACAUCUAGAAACCACUCACAGAUCAACUAACCACUAGUGAAUAAGAGUGUUGGAUGUGAAUUAUUUAAUGGCGGUAGACUGUAAUUGACAUUUCUGCCAGGGAUUGAUGUAGUACCUGAUACUAUUAUAUAGCUAAUAAAAUUCUAUUCCCUUUGA